GGACUAAAAGUGAUAUUAUCCCUUUAUUUUGUUUUCACCCGUGAAAAGUUGUUGUUAAACUCAUCAGAGUCUUUCCACUUUUCUGGAAAAUCAGUUACAUCCAUAAUGGCUACCACCAAAACCGAUUGGCAUUUGAUUUUCUCUUACGGAACUCUAAAGCGCGGAUUCCCCAACCACCACUUAAUCGAAACCCUAAUCAGCACCGGUGACGUCAUCUUCAUCGGCGAAUACACAACGGUCUCCAUCUUCCCGCUAGUCCGCGGGCCCUACGGUAUCCCAUACCUGAUCAACAUCCCCGGGUCGGGUCACCGGGUCAAGGGCGAGCUAUACAAGGUGAAGCCCAAUGGACUUGGCCCGUUAGAUGAUUUGGAAGGGAUUGAGAUAGGGCAUUAUGAGAGGCUGCCGGUGAGUGUUGUUGGUCGUGAUGAGGUAGUGGUGUCGGCGGAGGCGUAUUUUGCGCAUAGGAGUUUUGGUGAAGGGAUGUGGAAGAGAGGUGGAGAGAUGGGGUUGGAGGAGUUUAGUGUUGAAAUGGCUGGGAAGUAUGAGAGGAAAGAAGACAGGCCGAGUAAUCGUGAUUUUAUUCAGGAUAUUAGAGAUUUUAUCCACAAUGGUGAUAACUGAGAUUGUGGUCUUCUUCUCUUUUAUUGGUUAGAAAAAUAAAGUACCAUUAUGUCACUGUGAUUAUUGCUAGAUGAAGCAUGUGACUAUUGCUAUUAUUCCUACUACUAUUGCAAAUGCUUUAUAUUGUAUGAACAGAGACAGGUUAAUAGAUUUGAAGCCUAUAGCUUGCAAUUUCAUCUUUUUAUGUUCGUAACUCGUAAGGGAUUAUAUUUGAAAUGUAUGUGUACCCUUAAUUUUCAUGUUCA